CACAUUCGUAAUUGGCCGUUGGUGUUGCCGAUGAUCAUUGAUCCAUCGGAGCUGUGUCGGGACGGAACCGCACAAUUCGGAGGGCGAAGUUAAUCCGUCUCCACUCUUUCGGCCGUCUCUUACACCGGAGCUCAAUACUAGUCAAGCCGUCUUUUGUUACAGAGCCGAGACUGUAGCCAUCAUAGCUUCGGUGUAUUCGGGCACCGGCCACUGAUCUGCUUUAUAAUAGACACAAUCUCAUCGCAAUUAUUACAGAUCGUGAUGGCUGGCUUUUUCGUUGGAAAUUACUAUAUAACAGGUUUGAUAGAUCACCCUCAUUAGAUAUUUCAUUCAUCAGUUUAUACUAUUAUAACCAGUAUCUCAUCAUUUCAUUACUGCUUCAUCCUCUGCAUCAGAAGUAGGCAACUUAAACAUAUCAAAAUGUCACGAACGAUUCUCAUAUCUGGAGCAACCGGAAAACAAGGCGGUGCUGUUCUUGACCGACUCGUCAAGCAGAAUGCCGAUGUGGAGAUUCUCGCUGUCAGCAGAAACCCCAAUUCUCCUUCAGCCCAGAAGCUCCUCAAGAAAUCAUCCAACAUCAAGCUUGUACAAGGAGACUUAUCUGACGCCACCACGAUCUUCAAAAAUGCCAGUGAAGUUACAAAACAACCUAUCUGGGGAGUUUUCAGUGUUCAGUCCCCUAUGGGUCAAGGAGAUGGCGCUGAAGUAGCCCAAGGAAAGGGUCUUGUCGAUGCUGCAUUGGAUGCUGGGGUCAAGUUCUUUGUCUACACUUCAGUUGACCGACACGGCGAAGACUCUCUGCACAACCCAACUCAAGUUCCUCACUUUAUUACAAAGCACGAGAUUGAGAAGCACUUGAUUUCCCGUACCACUGGUACUGAUAUGCAAUGGUUCAUCAUUCGACCUGUGGCCUUCAUGGAGAACUUGACGGAUAAUUUCCUAGGAAGGUCCUUCGUCACAGCAUGGAAGCUGGUUGUCAAGAAUAAACCUCUUCAACUCGCCACAGUGACCGAUGUGGGCGUCGCUGGCGCACAAGCUUUCCUUAAGCCUGAGAAAUACGCGGGUCGCGCCGUGUCACUUGCAGGUGACGAACUGAUGCUCGAGGAAUUUGAAAGAAUCUUCAAGGAGAAGACGGGCCGCGAUCUUCCAUACACCUAUAGUCUUGUUGUUUACCCAAUAAUGGCGAUGGUCAAGGAGUUGGGUUAUAUGUUCAAGUGGUUCAAAGACCAGGGUUUCGGUGCGAAUUUGAAGGCGUUAAGAAAGGAGUACCCCGAGUUGAUGACAUUCGGAACUUGGCUUGAGACAGAAAGCGACUUUGCUCGCAAAUAGUUGAGAUGGUUGUCAGGGUGGUCUGUCUGAGUCCCGUUUCCUUGCAUAUUAUGAGGCUGAAGAUACAGUCGUAAUUGUCAUUAGGGUUGUAAUAAUAGUGGUGUUCAUCUUCG